CGGGGCCUGGAGUGGACUGGGCGUGGGGGGGCCCACUCGGCAGGCUGCGGGGUGGAAGAGGAGGCGGGGCCUAGGGGGCUGCUGGGGCGGAGCAAGGGCUGGGAGGAGCCUGAGCUGGGCGGAGCUUAAAGUAGAAGUGGGUGGGGCGUGGAGGAGGGAGAGUGCGUGGGUGGAAAGUGGGAGGGGCUUAGGCAAAGGGGUGGGGUUUGAUAAAGGGGCGUGGCUCAUAAAGAAUGGUGGGUAGGCCCUCGGUUGAGCGGUAGAAGGAAAUUCAUUGAGGCUGGUUGGGGAAAGGGAGCCCAAGAAGCAGGAGGGUGGAGUUUAGAGUAGAAGGGGUGGUGUUUGUCUGGGGUGUCGCUUAGAGAAGUAGGUAGGCCUAGCGAGGAGGGCGGAGUUUAGGGGUGUAAUUUGGAGGGGUUUAGUGCAACUACCAGGUCUUUAUAAUGAAUGUGGAAAGGGCUUGCAGGGAAUGGGAAUAGACUUCGUGGAGAAGUCCUGAGAAGGUGACAGGAGGCCAGCGGACAGUCGUAGACAGGAUGUGGCUUCUUGAAAAAUUGGCUGGAGUUUUGGAAGCGGGUCUUAGUGGAGAAGAGAGGGGCUUGGAGACGUCAAAUAACUUAGCAAGCAUGGUAGGACUUGGAGAGAAAACCGGGAGGCAGUUACGGGAUGAUCAUCAUCCAAACAGCUUACUCUUUGCGGCUUUGCUGUGCACCAGCUUAAGUAGGCACGUAGCACUGAUUGCCACAAUUUUACUUAAUUCUCGCCACUACUCUGUGAGAGAGAGCCCACACACACCACUAUAUUCCCCGUCACCAUGGAUGAUGUCCCGGCCCCAACCCCCUCACCAGCACCGCCCGCUGCUGCCGCCCCCCGGGUCCCGUUUCACUGCAGUGAGUGUGGCAAGAGCUUUCGCUACCGCUCAGACCUCCGGCGCCACUUCGCCCGACACACAGCGCUCAAGCCCCACGCGUGUCCGCGCUGCGGCAAGGGCUUCAAGCACAGCUUCAACCUAGCCAACCACCUGCGCUCGCACACCGGGGAGCGGCCCUACCGCUGCUCUGCCUGCCCCAAGGGGUUCCGAGACUCCACCGGCCUGCUGCACCACCAGGUCCAGCUUCUGCAUCUAUCACAGAGUGACCAGGUUGUCCACACCGGCGAGAAGCCCUACUGCUGCCUGGUCUGCGAGCUCCGCUUCUCCUCACGCUCCAGCCUGGGCCGCCACCUCAAGCGCCAGCACCGCGGGGUCCUCCCCUCUCCCCUGCAGCCCGGCCCUGGCCUGCCCGCCCUGAGCGCGCCCUGCUCCGUCUGCUGCAAUGUGGGGCCCUGCUCGGUGUGCGGGGGCGCGGGGGCCGGCGGCGGAGAGGGCCCGGAGGCGGCGGGCGCGGGCCUGGGCGGCUGGGGGCUGGCGGAGGCGGCAGCCGCGGCCGCAGCCUCGCUGCCCCCGUUCGCGUGCGGGGCCUGCGCGCGGCGCUUCGACCACGGCCGCGAGCUGGCCGCCCACUGGGCCGCGCACACCGACGUGAAGCCCUUCAAGUGCCCGCGCUGCGAGCGCGACUUCAACGCGCCCGCGCUGCUGGAGCGGCACAAGCUGACGCACGACCUGCAGGGCCCGGGCGCGCCCCCCGCGCAGGCCUGGGCGGCCGGGGCAGGCGCGGGGCCCGAGACGGCGGCGGCGGGCGAAGGCGGCGCUCCUCCCGCUGCGGCUUCGGACGGCCGGCUGCUCCUGCGCCCCGCGGGGGGCGGGGUGCCCAAGCUCGGGGGGCUGCUCCCAGAGGGCAGCGGGGAGGCACCUGCGCCCGCGGCGGCGGCCGAGCCCUCGGAAGACACCCUGUACCAGUGCGACUGCGGGACCUUCUUCGCGUCGGCCGCGGCCCUGGCCAGCCACCUGGAGGCCCACUCGGGCCCGGCCACCUACGGCUGCGGCCACUGCGGGGCCCUGUACGCGGCGCUGGCCGCCUUGGAGGAGCACCGGCGGGUCAGCCACGGCGAGGGCGGCGGGGAGGAGGCGGCGGCGGCGGCCCGGGAGGGAGAGCCAGCGUCCGGGGAGCCCGCGUCCGGCUCGGGCCGCGGCAAGAAGAUCUUCGGCUGCUCUGAGUGCGAGAAGCUGUUCCGCUCGCCGCGCGACCUGGAGCGGCACGUGCUGGUGCACACGGGCGAGAAGCCGUUCCCGUGCCUGGAGUGCGGCAAGUUUUUCCGCCACGAGUGCUACCUCAAGCGCCACCGGCUGCUGCACGGCACCGAGCGGCCCUUCCCCUGCCAUAUCUGUGGCAAGGGCUUCAUCACGCUCAGCAACCUCUCCAGGCACCUGAAGCUGCACCGAGGCAUGGACUGACCCCAGGCUGCGCCCUGCCCUCCGCCCAGCCACCUGGACCCGGGGACCUUGGGACUGCGAGUGAGGCCCCGGCCCUCCAAAUCCAGACGCAGGCCCUGAAAUGAGGGGACCCUGGCUGGAGAGGUGGAGAACACCAAAAACCCACAACAGGCCCCAGAUCUAGGGGACCACAAACAAACAGGGUCCUUGGCUGGGGCAGGGGAGCCUGAAUCCAGGGAGAGACUCCUGAGCCUGAGGUCCCUGGAAUGAGUGUGGGUAACCCUAAGUCCCCAAGACAUGGAGACUUUGCAGCGAGCAAUGGGUCUCCUAAGUACCUCUCAUCUUGAGGGCCCUAAUAAUAAAAGAUGGGUACCCCCCCCUCCAAGGGAAGGCUGCCCCACUCCCUGAGAGCCAUCAUUCCCAACCACCGGGAUCUGGAGAAUGUGGAGGGACCAUGUUCCUGAAUUUUCCUAGAUCCCCUCCAAAUGCUACCCACCAGAGUCACUGGUGACCCCCAGAAAAUGAAUAUAGCCGAAAUCUGCCUUUCCCCUUUUUCAUUCCCUGUGCUGAAAGAGGGACCAGGGUAGAUGCCCCCUGCCCUCAAACCACCACCCCCACGCCGACUGUGGAAUUGAUCGACCCUAAUGAUCUUCCCCACCCCAAACACUAGAAUAGACUGUCCUGAGUCCCUUUGCCCAGUAGGAUGGACUGAUCUGUAUGCACACACACCCCCAUGACAUGGAAUGGGCUGGUCCAAGCGGUGGCCUGCACCCCACCUUCCUUAGAGUGAAUAGGGUAGAUACUCCUCCCUUUUCCUGUAGCGAGUGGACCGGUCCACGCCAUUCUCUAUCCUAUGAACUCAUCUGAGUGGGAGGUGGCGGACACUGGGGUUUCCCUCCCCCACUACCAUAGCACCUGUUGGUCUUUCUCUCCAUCUCUGCUGGUUUGUCUGUCUCUGUCUUCUGACCCCAAGGGGAAGGGGGAACUUGGCUAGGAGGUCCCCCGUGAGCCUUGACCUCAUCCCCUCGUGCCUCUCCCCAGUGUCUCCAGGACCCCCAAUAAACCUUGUCCUGUCAGUCGCU